AUGUCAGCAAUCCCCGGUGAACUUACGCCCUCCCAGAGACCCUCUAGCUCCAUCUACUUGCCGCCGGAGAUCCUUGCAAUGGUAAUGGCAUACUGCGAUGAUAAGAGUCUCCGAUUACUAGCGCUGUGCAGCAAGCUUUUUCGGGUUAUCUGUACGCCGCUGCUUUACCAGCGAGACUUACAAUCGCCCGUUCCUCGUUGUGUUGCCUGGGCGAUUUCCGAGUGCGAAGACGACCCCGUUUCACUAUGUGUACUUCAAAGAGCUCAGCAGUUGGGGGCGGAUUUUCAAAGGAGACUGCCGUACGACUGCUUCCUCGGUCAUUGCGGUACUGAUCUUGCUCUUCUGUUAGGCCGCGACAAGCUUGUUGCUUAUCUUUUGCGAAACGGAUUUCGCAGCCAGGAAGUAACCAUCGACGACAAAGUUCGGUCUUUGCUUCCGUUCAAAGCGCCUUAUGCUUCUCUUUGGGAACUGGACACCUCUAUUGCCCCGCUCUCUGCAUCGGACUCGCCUUUUCAACCAGCCUUCGAGCCAUUUAUUCAGUGGGAUGAGUUCGAGCCAACCUCUGCGAGGCUUGAAACACUUUCUUUCGCGCCCUGGUUUCCAAUGU